ACAGGUACCUCCGUAGAAGGUUAUAUCUUUUCUGUGUGGGAUCUGAAUUGCUCCUGCAUUCACGCGCCUUUUUCUUGCUUUCCAUUCCAUUGGGUUGUGUUGCCCGGCUCAAGAAGUUCUGCAACUCCAGCCGUAACUUCUUACCUCGCUGUCAGACCGCCUCCCUUGUUUCUGCUUUUAGUCCCUCCUAAGGCCUAGGCCCCCCGCGCACGAUGCUAGCAACACCAGCAACUCCGAACACGGAAGGCGCCGUGGAUGCCCCCGAGGGCACCAGCGCUACCACCGCACACCCGGCCUCCCUGCCCAUCCCGCCAUUGCCGCUCUCGUCUCCCGCCGCCGCUCUCUCCCAGCAUGCCGGAUCCCGAAGCAGCCCGCCCGUCGCGGAGGAUCAGAUUGAGAACACGCUCAAGUGCCCAAUAUGCAUUGACUGGUUUGUGGAGCCUAUUCUUCUCGACUGCAGCCACUCGCUCUGCCUGGACUGUGCAAGACGGUUGGCCCUCCACGACAGCGGGUCGAAUACGGCUGAGGUCACUUGCCCCCUCUGCAAGGAAGUCACGGCCAUUUCGGGCGGGGACAAGGCCCGAGAAAUGGAAGAAGCGCUGAUCGCGGAGGCCUUGAAGAGGUUCGACGUGAUUCCGCCUCGAAAAAGCCGGGCGCGCAUCGAGGAUCUCCGCGCGUGCUACGAGGGCUUCAUCAAAAACGGUCUUGUCGCCAUCGGCCCCAACGAUGCCAAGCCGACCGCCCUGCACAUGUGGCGGGCCGUGGUGGCGCGCAUGGAGAGCCAGACGCAGGAAACUUUGGGCGAGGCGAAGAACGAGUCCUCGCCUUCCUCCAGCACCGUCAUUGAGACAACGGCCAUACACCCGUCAACAGGCAGUCGGAACGGCGAGGAAGCUGGGUCGUCCUAUGGGACGGAGGACGGGAGGGAGGACCCCAUGAAGAAACUCCGCUUCAAGAAGAACAUUCUCCUCAACAACCUCGUCUCGCACUUUCGCCAGCAACAAGAGCAACGAGGCCCGGGACUGAGCGCUGGCCUUUCCCCGCCGGCGGGUCCCCACGCCGGUCAUACCAAGGACGGCCAGGAGGUGGAAGGGAAGGAGGAGGGACAUGGGUCGCCGGAGGGUGAGAAAGGCGAGGCGGCAGCAGACCCUUCUGUAGAGCAGGAGGGGGGCGUGACCGAGGACGGGGAGGUGAUGGAGGACGCAGCCGUCUCUAGCCUUGCCCCCAAGGUCGAGCAGGGGGGGCCAGGAAGGAGCCCGGGGGAGAGGGGGCCCAGCCGGUGGGACGCGGGGCAUGGGAAGGUGGCGGCGGGGGAGAGCGGCUCGCGCCAUGUGUACGUAGGGAAUCUGCCCAACGGUGUCAAGGAGGAGCACCUGCGGGAGGCUUUCAAGGCUUACGGGGGCAUAGAGUCCGUGCGAUUGUUGCGACGGACGGCGCAGUGUAUGACUGGUUUCCUGCAUUUCAAAGACGCGGCCGAAGCGAUUCGUGCCAAGAAGGAACUGGACAGGAAGCCCUUCGUGGCAGGACACUUGCCUCGGCAGGUGAUGAAGAUCCAGUAUCAGUCCAGGGGCAACAACAAGCCCUGUCGGAGCAUUCGCGUGCACAACUUGCCGGUGGGGGUCAGGGAAACGGAUCUUUCGGAGCUUUUUGGGGCGUUCGGUCGUGUCAUGAUCGUCGUCAUCAACACCAACUCGAACAUUGCCUUCCUCUCUUUGGAGACCGUCGAACAGGCCGAACAGGCCAUGGCGCGUUGGCACGAUCAGGAAUGGCGGGGUCGGCAUUUGUUUCUCGAUUACGCGCUGCGCGAGACCAUCUCCAAGGAGGACCCGCACUUGCGGGGAGAAAGGGACCGGCAGGGGCGUCAGGGGAUGGCCGGCGGGGGGAACGAGAGGGAGAAGGAAAGGGAGAGGGAGCGGGGUUGGGAGAGGGAAAGGGGGAGGGAGAGAGAUCGGGAAUGGGAUAGAGAGCGGGAAGGGUUUCGAGGGAGAGAGCGUGGACGUUCUCGCGACAGGGAACGUUCCCGGGACCGGAGGAUGCGGGACGGGCGGGGGGAGCCGCCCUUUCCCUCUCGCUUCGAUGGUCCAGGAGAGAGAGAACGUGACCGUCAGCGCCAGCGAGAUCCUCCUCCCUUUCCAGAUGGCCCACCCUUACCGCCCAACCGCCUGCUCGUCCUGCCCGCCGCGCGGGGCUGUCCUCCCUUCGAGGUGUACGCGGAGGACUUGGAGAAACUCCGAGAGCUGGUCUUUCUCAUGCAAAGCCACCUGCCGCCCCAUCAACGGCAGACUUUGGAGGACGCGCUGCAAAACCGGGAGCUGUACGAAGGGAUCUCUACACUCGUUGGUCGAAACCAACGAGGUAUGGACGCUGUCCUCCGCGACUUGCGCCUGGAACUGGGCCUCCCGCCCGACGGCCCCCGGCACGCCCCCCCGUCCCCGCCUGCGCCGCACCACCAGCCUCCACCUCGUCAUGGGGAUGGCCCCAUCCCCUCCCACCCUCGUGACCGAGGCCCUCCCCCGCCGCCCUUUCGGGACCCACCUCUGGAGCGGCAUCGGGAUCCCCGCGACAUGCACGAGAGGGGCCGUCCGCGCUACCCUUCCCCUCCCCCGUCUGACUACCGUCGAUUUCCUCCCGAUUACCCAGACCCCCACCAUCCACAUGCACCACACUAUUACCCCCGCUCCCCUCCCCGUAGCGAGUACCGAGGCCACUCUCCAGGUCGGCGGGAGGGGCGCUCGCUUCCGCCCCCACCCAGCUACCUGGAUGACCGGCAUCGCGGCCCACCCAUGCCCCUCCGCCCUUCUUCCCCUCCGCCGGGGUACGGAGGAAGGGAGAGAGACCGCUACCGGCAUCGAGGCGUGGACCGAGACCCUGGUCUUGAGCGGGAGCGCGACCCGUUUGGAAGCCGAGGGAUGCCGCUUAUGGAUCGGCGCUCCCCUUCGCAUUCUCACAGCGGCCAGCGGCGUCCACGGUCGCGUUCACCUCCUCGAGGUAUGAUGCCGCCACAGCUUCCGCCCUACCCGCCUGAGAAUGGAAAACGCCCCCACGACAAUGGUAGGAGCAGCUUGGGCCGCUCUCGCUCUCCGUCCAGCCAACGACGUCGCGUCCAAGAGCCGCCUCUAUCCGGCCCUUCUAGCCAGCCUCAUCUGAGUCGGGACGUCUACCCGCCUCGGGGACCUCCGCCUUCCAUGGUGCCCCCGGGCCCCGCUCUACCUCAUGAGAGCACGGUUGGGUCAGGGGGUCCCAACCCCCCUCCCCCGCUCAAGGCGGAGUGCGAGCAAUUUUUGCAAACAUUGACGGGCGGAGUGAGCUCCACUGGCACGAAUGCAUCCUUUCCGUCAUCGCCUCCUGUGCCCUCAUCAUCGACAAGCUCACGCAUUUGGCUCAAUUCUAGCAACGCCGCGGCCUACGCCUGCUAUGAGGCCGCUUUAAAUCUCGUCAAAGACCUUUUAACGCCCCAUUAUCGAGCGCAAGUGAUAGACAAGGACUCCUUCAAGCGCAUCGCGGAAGAGACAACCCUGCUCCUUGUUCAGCAAUUGCUCCAGCACCGCCUUGAGCAGCAGAGGGAGGUGCCCGCAAACUUUAAGCCAGUAGCCGCUGACCUUGUCCGGACAGCUUUGUCCCUUUACAAGGGCCAGCACCCUCCUUCGCCGCCGGCGUCAUCAGGCUCGCCCACGGAGGAGGAGACCGCCGAGGGCUGA